AUGUCUUGCUUAGGGCACGAGCUGGGCUCGAACCAGCACUUUCCAGAUCCAAUGUCCUUGAGGAAUUUCAUCAAUUGUGAGGGGGAAUCUGCUAUGAAUGCUAACUCCGAAACAACAAUUGCGUUAGUGAGCCCUUCGGAACAAGUUGACACUUGUAUUUCGCUUUGCGUAGAAAAAGAAAGGGCCUUUGCCCAGAUAGCAGCUCCGAAGCCUGAAGAUGAAGGGGGAUCCACAGAGUGGAUCGAAGAUACGUUUUCUGUUUCGACGGGGGUGAAACACUUGGAUGCGCAAGUCAUCACUUUCUUAGUCCAACUCCGGUCUGGGUUUAGUUCAACCUAUUAUCGGGACGAUGAUAUAGAACCGUUAGGAGUAGGAGCAUUCGUUAACAGAGAUGGAUUGGCUUCGGUUGGCACAAAAGCAGCGAAUUCUCUUGCUGCGCUUACGCUUAUUCCAACAACAGAUUCAUCGGUCACUGGAUGCGUGCUAACAGAAGAACGUACGAAAGUCAUCAGGUACGCUUUCAUCAUCCUAAGCUACCUCACCGCACUCAGUCCAGUCUAUGGGCCCUUAGCCCUAGGAUAG